UCCUGCUAACUUUCAAAUUCGAAUUGGGAGUGCGCAUUUGUAACAGUUUUAUUGUGUGCUGCAUAGUGAGGAAAAUUGAAUGCCUUGCUCGAUAGUGUAUAUAGUUUUUGUUAAAAUUUAUAUCUACAUUUUUAUACGGUUUAGUAAACGGCAUACGAGAGUAGCUGGCGUGUGUGUGAGAUGUUCGUGACUGCUGUUUGUUUCUUGAACAUGUCGCUAUAGCACGAGAUUUGAUUAAUUUUUAGAUAAUAAACGCAACAUUCAAUCUUCUCGCUCAGUAUAUCCUGUGACAGAUCAUUCUGGAGACAAGAAAACUAUCCUAGGAGAGAGAGAUUUUGCGACAGAUAGCAUGUCAAUUGUUGUCAGCUCACAUCUAUUACUUUUCUUCAAAAGAUGAAAGUUCUGUCAAAUACCAGGUGGACUGCAGCUAAUAACAAUGGUGACUUAGUUUCCAGCAGCAGAUAUACAAGGAGGAUAGUUGCUGGCUGUUCAAAGAAGAAGGGGGAACCAAAUGUUAUCAGUAAAUUGGAGACACGAAAUAUUUCUGCAUCGAGGUGUGUGCUGCGUGACAAAACAAAUAGCUGUGUGGCAAAUGUUAAGUCUUCUGUUUAUGUGCCAAUUGGGUACCAAAAUUCUGAGAACAACAGGUUAUGUUCAGUAACUAAUCCUUUGAAGGUGUCUAGAAAAAACUUGGCGGACUCCUUUUCCUUUAACCACAAAGAGACAAAGGACACUAUGAAAAAGAGUGAAACUAGUCAAAAUGAAGCAAAUGAAGAUGUGUACGAGUUUGUAUUAGAUGAGGGCGAAGUUAAUGAAAAUAAACCCAAGACCAAGAAACAAAGUAAAAGAAAACGUGUCCAGAGAAAGAUCAUAGAUUCUCCAGAAGAAGUUUUACCAGCAAAGAAGAAGAGAAAACCACUGCAAGAUAAAAUUUCCAAAAAUUUGAUACCUGAAUCAAACCCAAAAAAUAGGUUAGGAAGUAAAGAAUUGAACCUUUCUUCUGGAAAGUCAUUUUCAAAUGUUUUACAUACAGCCAAGAUGAAAAUGAAGACAGUGCACUUCAACAAUCUUUCAGGUGAUGAAUUAAUAAAGUCUAGCACUGGAGUGCGAAUGAAACAUGGCACACCAAACAGUAGUACUAAAAAUGUUGGUUCUCCGGAAACUGUGCAGGUCUUUAAUACACCCACCAAAACUAAUGGGAAAGGUGACACACGGAACCUUUUGUCUUCAUUACAUCCAUCAUCACAAGUAAAGUCAAUUAGAUCGUGUAUGACACAAAUAAAUCCGGUAUGUUCUCCUUCAGUUUCAGAAUGUGGUAAGCUGGAUACAAGAAUGAAAGAAAAUGAAGUAUCAAGGAAAUUACUAUCAUUCUUUAGUCCAGCACAUACUGCAGGUAAUUCAAGAAACAAUUAUUCAAUUCCAGUUACAGAGAAAACUCCAGCCAAACAACUGGCUGCUAGAUCCUUUAAUGCUGAAAAGGAAAAUAUUGAAAUCAGUCAUUCUGAAAAUGUACAGCCCUCCUUUUCAUCUGAUACAGCUGAGCAACAAUGUGACAAAACACAAAGAAAUCUAGAUGUUUCAAAUUGUUUUGGUUUUGAUGAUGAUGCUGAUAGCGAAGAUGGAGAUUUCUCACCAGCUAAGACAUUUACUAAAAGUUCUCAUAAGUUGGGGAAAUUUCAGUGUUCAACUCCCAAAGAUGUCAGUCAAAAGAAAGAUGCAUCACAGCCUUUCAGAUUCCCUGCCUUUUCAAUAGUUAAAAAAAGAAAAUUCCUCCAAACAGUUGGAAACACACCUGCUGCAGUAGCAAAUCUGAGUGGAAAAACUGAAAGUUCAGGCAGUACUUUAAAAAGAAAACCUUGUAUUCCUGCCAGUUCUCCAGUUAAAGAACCCAUCACACCCGCCAUAUUUGAUAUUGAAGAUGUUCACGAGUCUCAAGAUGAUGAAAAAUAUGAAAGUGAACAUCAGCAACUGCAGAAGAAACACAAGGAGUGUGUAGCAAUUUCUUCACCACAAAAGAAGAUUGUGCAAAAAAGUUAUGGAACACCAAGACUUGGGACUAGAUUGAGGCAGCCAGUACAAGAGCUAAAAGAUUCUUCUGAAGAUGAAGCUGAAGAAAUUGUCCCAAAAAAGCACAAAAGAACACAUCGGCCACCCAAGACAAAUGAAGCUGAUGAAUGGGCAAAGUGUUUCAACUCCAUGUGUGAAACAAUUGACAGUUUUGAAUUGGUUGUAGAAUAGUCUUUGUGGAGUAUUGAUGGCAGUAUUAAUUGUGUGCAUACAGUUCUUUUCAUACAACAAUCUGAAAACAUUUAAAAUUUAUUGAUGUGAUUUUGUUGUGGUGUUUACUUUAUGCUUGCAUUAAGGAUGUGUCUAUUGGUAAAAUUGUAUUGAUACUUAGAUGUACCUGAAUUUAGUUAUUUUGCUACUAUUUUCAUAUGUCUCUUGAAGAAACUUUUGUAAUUGUAACUAUGAAAAAUGUUUUUCAUCAUUUUAACACAAUUAUUUUGUAGUACAGCCUUAUAUCUUUUGUACAUACUUUAU